GUGCUUGUGUUUAAAUGUGCCGUUCAUGUGUUUUUGGCGCUCUUGUCGCGGCGUGGAUGAAAAAUGGCGGAUAGCAGCGAAAUGGAGAUCACAGAAUGUCCUAAUCAGGUUGUCACACAGCCAGGAUGUGUGGCAUUGGUACACAAUGGACCAGCCGUGGUUAAUGGCGAUGCAGACGUUACGGCAAAGGGCCAAGUGGAAGACAAAAACAUCAGGCCCGAAGAGAUGACAUCAAAAGACUACUAUUUCGACUCAUAUGCGCAUUUCGCCAUCCAUGAGGAAAUGUUGAAGGAUGAGGUUAGGACACUCACUUACAGGAAUUCCAUGUACCAUAAUCGACACUUAUUCAAAGACAAGAUCGUGCUUGAUGUAGGCUGUGGAACGGGUGUACUUUCCAUGUUCGCAGCGAAAGCGGGAGCGAAAAAAGUUAUCGGGAUAGAGAUGUCUAGUAUUAUUGACCAUGCAUCAAAGAUUAUCCACAGCAACCACUUGGAUCACAUUAUUACACUAAUAAAGGGUAAAGUGGAAGACGUGUCACUACCUGAUGGUAUAGAGAAGGUAGACAUCAUCGUUAGUGAGUGGAUGGGCUACUGCCUCUUCUACGAGUCAAUGUUGGACACUGUAUUGUAUGCCAGAGACAAAUGGUUGGCAGAUGAUGGGCUGUUGUUUCCGGACAGGGCAACUUUGUACAUAUGCGCGAUAGAAGACAGACAAUACAAAGACGACAAGAUCAACUGGUGGGACAACGUGUACGGCUUCGACAUGUCGUGCAUACGCUCGGUGGCGAUCACGGAACCUCUCGUUGACGUCGUCGACCCGAAACAAGUCAUCACAAACUCCUGUCUGCUGAAGGAGGUGGACCUGUAUACGGUGAAGAAGGAGGACCUGACCUGGUCGUCGCCGUUCCACCUGACGUGUCGACGCAACGACUACAUACAGGCCUUCGUCACGUUCUUCAACGUCGAGUUCACCAAGUGCCACAAGCGCACGGGCUUCUCUACGGCUCCUGAGGCGCCCUACACCCACUGGAAGCAGUGUGUCUUCUACUUUGAGGACUACCUGACUGUGAAGAAGACGGAAGAACUUGUCGGAGUCUUCACGAUGCAGCCCAACUCAAGAAAUAACAGAGAUCUGGACUUCACCCUUGACAUAGACUUCAAGGGCGAGCUGAGUGAGAUGACGCAGCACAUAAAGUACCGGAUGCGCUGAUGACGGGGUGCCGCGGCCGGGAUCGAUCCCUGACCCGCCCGCAUCUCGCGGCGCGCCGGGUUGCCGUGACGACGGCGCGGCCAGUCGAGUUUGCUCUCGUGUAAUUAUUAGAGAGUGUCUUCUGCGUUCAGUUGUUCACCGAUCCGAACGUAUAUAUAUACCACGGUGCAGCGGGAAUGUAUGCUUUCUUCGCACAAACGCAUGUGCGCAGAACGUGCACAUCCGUACA